AUGCAACGUAAAUCAGAUGAUAUUUAUAAACUCUUUUCUAUAAGGGAUUAUAAUUACUCGAGCGUAUUUCGUAGUAUUUACAAUUCCAGCUUGUCAUUGUCUGAAGCUAAUAUAAAAUGGGAAGACAAUUGGGUGGCCAUGAUUGACAGUAUGCUCCAAUUAAAUGCGCUCAGAAGAAUUCAUGAAACGGUUUCUCAGCCACACUUUGUAAGAAAAAUAAUAAUUGACGUAAAUAAGCAUUUUGAUGAAAUGUACGAAAUAGAUGGAAUAAAAGUUACUCCUGCGAGGAUAUUUGAUGUUCUUGAUUACACAAGAUGCGGUGGUAUAAUCUUGCGAAAUAUAAGAUUUCAUGAUUUACCAACUAUCUGUACAAAUUUUGGAGUAAAAGCUUUAAAAUUUGUUCCUCACUUUUCUACGAACACUAUCGAUAAAGCGUCAGCACUCUCUACUUAUAUACAAAUAUCUGCUGAAAAUCUAAAUAAGCACGAUUUAAAUAUUGUUGAAAUUAUUGAAAAUAGUGUCUCUGAAUUUGUUGACACUAAUCAAAUGCUCCCUGAAAUUCCUGGAAUACAGGCCAAUUAUUCAGUAAUCACAAACUAUAGCCUUAAAAAAAGUAAUACUGCUUCAUUUGUUGAUAGUGUC